CAGCAGCAAGUGUUGUUGUUAAGGUUGUAGUAGAGAAAUCCAGUGCGUGUGUGUUGUAGCAGCGAGAGAAGGAAGGAGGAAAGAUGAACACAGACAUCACUGCAUCGACGAAGCCAGAGUACCCUGUCAUUGAUCGUAACCCUCCCUUCACCAAAGUCGUCGGCAACUUCAACACCCUCGACUAUCUCCGAUUCGUCACCAUCACCGGCGUUUCUGUCACCGUCGGCUAUCUCUCCGGGAUUAAGCCUGGAAUUAGGGGUCCGUCGAUGGUUACAGGGGGCUUGAUCGGAGUGAUGGGUGGGUUCAUGUAUGCUUACCAGAACUCCGCUGGUAGACUCAUGGGUUUCUUCCCCAACGAUGAUGAGGUAGCUCGCUACAACAAAAAAUAAUCCUUUUUUUUCGUCUCUCGUUUCAAAAAAAAAGAAGAAGAAGAAGAAGAAAAACCCACUUUUGUAGCAUUUUUUGAACUUCAAUAAUCACAUUUCGCCUCUGCUAUUUGUUAAGCUUUUAUUUGUAACGACUUUACUUCAUUCGCCUUAUAGAGGAAUGUUAAACCUUGCUUGUUUGGGAUUCUACAAUUUCUCUUAUGUGGAGGCAAGACCAAUGUAAUGUCAUAUUUGAGACUCUGUGGGUCAAUUUGGUAUGGAAGUUUGUGGAUUCCGGUGUAGGGCUACAAUGUAGUUGUUGAUUGAAUUUUUCAUUCUCUUUGAAUGUAAGUGUCUAGGAAUAAAUUUUUUGUGCCUUUUAUCAGCAAUGGAAUAAGAAUUUUAUUAGAAUGCA